UUUGCUAAUUCUGGACACUGGUCAGAGUCCUCCCUUCCCGGAGCAAUAUGGCCGCUUGGCCCCUCCCACCGUCACUUCUGUACACACUGGAUCCGGCCAUGGUCCAACCCCUCCUAGCAGGCGGGUGGGCUCCAAUGACAUGCUGCUUGGUGCUGGUGAGGAGGAGCUGCAAGGUGUUCGGGAGCUCUGUGCGGUUACUGGCUUUGCCUCCUGCCGCAGUUAGUGUUGGUGCGAGUAGGUACUCUGACUGCAGCAGAUCCGAAAGAAGUCGUGAGCGCCCGGGAGAGCCGCAAGGUGCUAAGCGGAGACGUGGGAGCCAGUGCGUAGCCAUUUCAAUGGACGUUCUGGAUGAAGCGCAAGGGACAGAGGACAGGUUAACCGAUACAGAUGACAGUGAAAAGAAUGAGUUGUGUGCUACAUCCAGUAGUCUGUAUCCUAAAGAGACAGUCAGAAAACGACAGAAUUCUCUGCGGAGCUCCAGGAGUAGUGACUCUUGCAGAUCAUCAAGGAAAAGUUUUAAGUUAGAUGUCAGAAUGGAAGAGGAUGUUACUAAGUCAAGAAGACUCAAGAAUGGUAGAUUUGUGAACCCAUGGCCUACAUGGAAGGCACCCACCUUCUGGAAUGCUCUAAAAUGGGCAAUAACAGAAAAAGAUAAUAGCAAUGUUCCCAGCUCAAAGGAGGAGCUUGACAAGGUUCUUCCAGUUGUUAAACCCUACUUUGUUCAAUACCCUGAUCUUGCUGGCAAGACCAAAAAUGGAAUAAGGAUCACAUGGUUGGGACAUGCUUCUGUCAUGGUAGAAAUGGAUGAUGUGAUAUUUCUUACUGAUCCUAUCUUCAGUCAACAUGCUUCCCCAAUAAGCUUCACAGGGCCAAAGCGUUUCCGCGGGCCUCCAUGUUCCGUAGAGCAACUUCCAAAAAUUGAUGCCGUUGUAAUCAGCCAUAACCAUUAUGACCACUUGGAUUAUGACACAGUCGUAGGUCUUAAUGAGCGAUUUGGUACUGAGCUGAGAUGGUUUGUACCUUUGGGUCUUUUAAACUGGAUGCAGAAAUGUGGCUGUGAGAAUGUAAUUGAAUUGGAUUGGUGGGAGCAAAACUGUGUACCUGGACAUGAUGAAGUAACAUUUGUGUUUACCCCAUGCCAGCACUGGUGCAAAAGGACACCUAUAGAUGACAACAAAGUUCUUUGGGGUAGUUGGUCUAUCCUUGGACCAUCAAACAGAUUCUUUUUUGCAGGAGAUACUGGGUAUUGUGCUGCUUUUGAAGAGAUAGGGAAGAGAUUUGGUCCGUUUGACAUUGCUGCUAUUCCAAUUGGAGCCUAUGAACCUAGAUGGUUUAUGAGAAAUCAACAUGUGGACCCAGAAGAGGCAGUUAGAAUUCACGCUGAUGUCCGUGCAAAGAAAUCUGUGGGUGUUCACUGGGGAACAUUUGCAUUAGCUAAUGAGCAUUAUUUGGAUCCACCAAGAAAACUCACUGAAGCCCUUGAAAGAUAUGGACUGAAUUCAGAUGACUUUUUUGUGUUAAACCAUGGAGAAUCUAUACAUCUUAAUAUGGACAUCGAUGAACUAUCUGAUGAUUCAUAAAUAUGUAUUAUUUUAAUUCAAUCAAAUACUUUUACUAGAAGAUUUUAUAUCUUAAAGCAAGUGACAUACAUUUCAGUGAUGUAAAUUCUAUAUAAAAUCUACAUUUACAGGUUAAAGUUUGUCCUGCAGGAAACCUGUGUUGCCUAACAAUGCUUUAGUAUUUUAGCACACACAAAAAUCAAGAAAAGAAAAUGAAAGGGCCUUAUCCCCACACUACAAAAGCCUGAAAAUUAUGAAAAUUGUAUGAAAACAAAUAAGUAACCAAAAAUAAAUAAAAAGCAAUUUUUAUUCACCACCAUGCCAUAUUGAGAACAGUGAAGUUAAAACCAUUUAAAAUAAUAAGCAGUGCUGCAUAUGGAAAUGAAGGGAUCCCUUCUAUCAGGACAAAAAACCCAAAGCUGGUUAUGUUAACCAACAAAGGGGAAAAAAAGGGGUUAGCAUGCUAUCAAAAAUUGUUUAGUAACAAAAUUAUGAAGAAAUUCAGAGCAAGAUGGUACAUGUACGUUUUGCAAUGCAAUGGUUCAGUGAAAUUCAAUUAAAUCAGUCCAUCUUGAUCCUAAAAAGAAAAAAUUCCAAUGUUCUGAGAGUACAGCAUGUGAAUAUUCCCCUACUUGAUUUAUUCAAACGGAUUGGCAAGAAAGCAGGGGUUAAGACCCCUAAGUCUCUGAUGUUGGAGGGUCAACAAUUGAAGGGCUCCAAUCCUAGGGUUAAUGCUUAAUGGACGUGCUGGGGCUUCAAUAGGCCAGGGUAAAGGGUUGGCUCGCCUCCGGAAAGUAAUGGCGAUUAUCCGUCAGAGUAAAAUUUCACCACAUAUAUUGCCCAAAUAUUUCCCAAUGUUCGCAAGGUCCACCGCCUCUUGUGACGGUUCUGUAGCCCUCAUAAAUAAUCAAAAUAUACAGACCGUCUGGCGGGUUGUGCUCACGAAUGUGGCCGUAUUUCCUUGGGGCGUCUGUGUGUGGAUAAAGUCCUUAGCCUCUCCCAGUCACGCCAAAAUGCAGUCCAAGAAGGGACCCCCUGCGUCCAGUGCAGCGCCGAACCUCGACAGCUGUUUCGCCACAACGCGUGGCUUUCCCUUCAUUUCCAUAUGCAGCGCUGCUUAUUAUUUUAAAUGGUUUUAACUUCACUGUUCUCAAUAUGGCAUGGUGGUGAAUAAAAAUUGCUUUUUAUUUAUUUUUGGUUACUUAUUUGUUUUCAUACAAUUUUCAUAAUUUUCAGGCUUUUGUAGUGUGGGGAUAAGUCCCUUUCAUUUUCUUUUCUUGAUUUAUAUGCUGUUUAUUUAGUGGACACCCCAACACUACAAGCCUGUUAUUAUCUGACUAAGCCUUACCUGAGUUGUUUUUCAUAUGUUAGCACACACAAACUUGGUCAAAUGCAACUAAAGGGUUAAGGAACACAAACAUAAUUUUUUUUCAGAAAUUUCAAUUUGCUUCUGAAAUUAUUUAAAUUUUAGUUAACAGCUGUGAACUGCUCUUAAUGUGUGAUCAACAUUGCAAGAUUUUUAGCUGUCCAGCGGACAUGAUCCUUCACGUAACAACACAAGUCUCUUGCUGCUGUGGCAUCACACUGCAGCUUAAAUUAAUGAUUGCAGAGAAUAAGGAUAAGAAAAUUACUUUAACACCCCACCUUUCUGUGUAUAUAUGGCAAGGAUAUGUAUGCAGAUUAUCAAUGUAGCAAAUAGGGAACGUAUAGCUGCUAGGACCUGUAAGAAGGCAGCUUAAAGCUUACACAAUCUACAGGGUCACUACUGCAGUACUGCCCUAUUAUAUAGUACAAGGUUAAAUUAGAAUAUCCCUAAUAUUACAUUUAUUAGAAAAAAAAAAUGUGUCCAAAAAGAAAAAACACUAGGCAGACCAUAACAACAAAAUAAUGUAACAAUAAUGUAACAAUACUCCAACAAAAAAUAUGAAGCAUGAAGUUGGUUGCCGCACAUAAAAAAAACAAAAACAGAUAUGACACAAAAAUCGGUACUUAGCUGUACCGACUGACUAUACUGCCAGUACAGCUGUAUAGUGCUUUACUUUCUGCACACAGGGCAUUUUUGGCUGUAUAAGCGUUUCCUUUGUUGGCAGGGUAAAUGCAUUAUGUGCCAUUAAAUUAAGAAAAGAAAAUGUCAUGGAACAUUUUCUUUGUUUCCUUUUAUGCAUUUGUACUGUAUAUCAGUAAUACAUUUCUGAGUCACUUUGAGGAACAUCUUGCAUUUGGUAAGUGCCUGAAUUAUUUAAGCAAAUUAAAUGCUUUAACAGAAAUCAUGUAGUGUAAAAGUUUUUUAAUGGUUAUUAAAAAUAUAUAUAUGAAA